AUGUCGACCAAAUCACACGACACUUGCACAACUUGUGCAGUUGACCUCUUUCUUCCAGAUACGACAAAACAGGGCAAUCAACGGGCUGUGAAAAUGCCCAUCAUCAAAUACCCUUACCUUCCUUUAUCUGAGCAGAUCAAAUCCCUCCUCAAAAUUCCAGGUCUUGAAGCGGUUCUCGAUGGUUGGCGCUCCAAACCUCGCAUCAUUGGUGAAUAUACAGAUAUUUUCGAUGGUGCUGUGUGUCGCAUGAAGCUUAAAGGUCCAGAUGGCAACCUUUUUUUCUCGAAUCUUUCUCAUGAGAAGAGCAGGCCAGAUGGGGAACUCCAUAUAGGAGUAAAUCUUGGUGUUGACUGGUACAUUAUCCUUGUUCAGGCAAUAGUUCUCCUACAUAUGAAGCAACAUUGCACCAUCCCACUUGUCAUGUCCAACAUCAUUCUCAAUUUGCAAUCUUCCACCAGAGUACCGAUAUUGAACCUCAAACCUGAUGUGCACGAGCAUUCUUCCUGGACCGAAAGAGCAAAAUCCCGACCAAAUCCAGUGGUUCUUACGCCCUAUUAUCUCGGACUUGCUGCGCCUAUGGAAAUUUGGAGUCAGAGUGCCAACUGA